CGCACAUCUCGCGAGCUUUCAAGCAGUGCCUGCGUAUUCAUCGCGGCCGGCGUGUGUGAGAGUGUCGUGUGUGUGAUAACCAGCGAGAGAGAUCGAGAGACGGGAAGAUGGCGGUACCGGAGAGUGAAUCGAGUCAGCAGCGACCGUCUUCACCAGUCGUCAGUAAUGGCCAGGUUAGUCACAAUGGAGCUGCUGGAGCAGAUCAGACGAUACAGACUGCACCUGAUCAACAGCAGCAACAGCCACCUCCUCAACAACCACCAAAUGCCUGGCAGGUUAUCAAGGGCAUUCUCUUCAGAAUUUUCAUCAUCUGGGCCAUCAGCAGUUGGUUUCGUCGAGGACCUACAACUCCAGACCAAAGUAGUACCGCGACUGCACCACGAGUCCCUAGCCGAAAUCUUUUUCCUAAGGACACACUUAUGGACCUAUAUAUUUACAUCUCAGAAGAUGAGCUCUUCACAGAUUUCAAUAACACUGACUUAUUGUUUUGGAGUCAGACAGACCUAGUGUAUGGAGACUGGACUAGUGGAGAAAAUGCAGAUGGAUGCUAUGAACAUUACGAUGAAUUGAGUAUUCCAGAGAGCGUUCAGCACAAUGGCUCUCUUUACAUACAUGUCUACUUCACAAAGAGCGGAUUCCACCCAGAUCCUAAACGCAAGAAUCAGUAUAGAAGGCUAGCAACAGUCCACAUGUCUCGAAUGCUAAAUAAAUAUAAACGCAGGAGGUUCCUAAAGACCAAAAAUCUUCUGACUGGAGAAACCGAAGCUGAUCCUGAGAUGAUUAAGAGGGCAGAAGAAAAUGGCCCAGUGGAAGUCAUUUCUCAUUGGCAUCCCAACUUAACAAUUAACAUAGUGGACGACCACACUCCCUGGGCAAAGGGAGCAGUGCCCCCUCCACUCGAUCAGUAUGUGAAAUUUGAUGCAGUCAGUGGAGACUACUACCCAAUUGUGUAUUUUAAUGACUACUGGAAUUUGCAAAAGGAUUACAUUCCCAUUAAUGAAACACUGGAGAAGCUCCCCUUCAGAAUUUCUUUUUGCCCACUGUCUCUGUGGCGUUGGCAGUUGUAUGCAGCACAGAAUACAAAAUCUCCUUGGAAUUUCCUUGGAGAGGAUCUCUAUGAGCAGUCUGAUGAGGAUCAAGACUCUGUCAAGGUAGCCCUCUUGGAGACAAACCCAUAUCUCUUGGGGCUGACAAUUGUUGUUUCCAUUGUACACAGCAUCUUUGAAUUUCUGGCAUUUAAAAACGAUAUCCAGUUCUGGAAUAGCAGGCAGUCACUUGAGGGCCUUUCUGUUCGUUCAGUCUUCUUUGGUGUGUUCCAGUCCCUGGUUGUACUUUUGUACAUUCUUGACAAUGAGACCAACUUUGUUGUUCAAAUCAGUGUCUUUAUUGGACUUCUCAUUGACUUCUGGAAAAUCACAAAGGUUAUGGAUGUUAAGCUGGAUAAAGAAAAUAAAAUUGCUGGCAUUUUCCCUCGCUUAUCUAUAAAAGACAAGUCAACAUAUGUGCAGUCAUCUACAAAGAUUUAUGACGAUAUGGCCUUUAGGUACCUUUCUUGGCUGCUUUACCCACUUUUGGGUUGCUAUGCUGUUUACAGCUUAUUGUAUAUGGAGCAUAAAGGCUGGUACUCGUGGGUUCUAGGAAUGCUCUAUGGCUUUUUGUUAACUUUUGGAUUCAUCACUAUGACCCCACAGCUAUUUAUCAACUACAAGUUGAAGUCUGUAGCUCACCUCCCCUGGAGGAUGCUUACAUAUAAAGCACUAAAUACCUUCAUUGAUGACCUCUUUGCUUUUGUCAUUAAAAUGCCGAUGAUGUACAGGAUAGGAUGUCUUAGAGAUGAUGUAGUAUUUUUUAUUUACUUGUAUCAACGCUGGAUCUAUCGUGUGGAUCCAAACAGAAUCAAUGAGUUUGGGACAAGUGGUGUGGACCAGAUGAAGCAAACAACAGAACAGAAUGCUAUUACAGAUGGUAAAGUGACCACAGCAGAUACAGAGAAGCCUCAAGCAGAAAAGAAGAAUGAUUAGUCAUCUAAAAAAAAAGAGAAAAAAUAAAAGUAAUGAUCAGUAGAUAAAAACAUAAUGAUUUUAGUGAUGGGGAUUAAAAUGGACAGACAAUGAAGCAGUUUAUGCUUCUCUGGUCCCCACAAAGCCCAAUAGUUUAUUUUUUUUUAUAUGUAUAUUCCAAUUAUUUACUUUGUUUUUGAAACUGGGUGAAGUAAUUGUUGUACUGUAUUUGUGUUCAGAGGAGGAUGGAACAGUGGUUAAAAGCAUAUCCCUUUAUUUAAAAAAAGAAAAAAGACUCAAAAGUACAAAACUCUGGUCCAUUUUGUCGUGAAUUCCAUUUCCACUGUGAGUGUAACUUCAUAUAUUGUCUGCCCCUUAAGGGUUUAAAGUUCAGUUUUGCACUAUUUCAACACAGGCCAUCAUCCUGUGCAGCUGCCAAGGUUUGUUUGAAGAUUUUAAGGGGUGGGGUAGUGGAGGCAGAAGUGGGUUGUGAGACUUAUUUUCUUCCCAUCAGGGUAAAACGGCCAUGUAGCUAUGAAAUCAUUUCUUCCUGGCAGUUUUUGUUGUACUUUUUUUGGAUCUUGUACAGACUUUAAGCUUGUAUCUUAAUUAUACUGUUGUACAUCACAUUACGUGUUUUUAUUUUAUUAACAAAAAAAAAUCAGACAUACAACACAUACUUGUAAAAUGGUGGUGUUUUCUUGUUGUUUUAAAACACACUGUGGUGCCUAAAGGUUAUGCUUUUGCAGAACAUGAGUGUUAUUCUACUGGAUUGUUUCAUUUGGCAAACUACAAAAGUUUGUCAUAAUGUGAAUAAGCAUUUUGUUUUGGCCUAUCACACAUUCAUGAGCUAACCAAGAUGAUCGCUACUCCAAAGAUACUAGGUUAUGCUAAGGCUGUUCAUAAAGGUUUUUAAAAAUAAAGAUUUUAAUUGGACAA